GUAUACAAGUCAAAACAAUCCGACCUCUCUAUGUAAGACAGUCGACAUUUUAACACGCUACACCCUUUUAUCGUUUUAGUAUUUAAAUCAUAAGUCUAUUGUACAAAUCAGACACGAUGAUACCCGUUCGAAUUGUUUUAGUUUCGUGUGUACUGCUAGCAGCAUUAUUUGGUACAAAUAAUUGUGAAGCUAAAAUAAACUAUGGCGACAUCGUUAUUUUUUUUCAACCUGAAGAAAAUAAACCAAAUUGUGUGAAGUAUAUUGGAAAUAAUAUAGUCUUAAAGGAUUUGCCGAUUAUUCGUAGUGAUGGUGAAGAGUAUGUGAAUGGAAAUAAUUUGGACCUAGGAGUGGGCACGAUGAUAGGAGUUAUUACACCGAUGCACUCGGCUUACAAAUAUUUCAAAAAUAAAGCUUUGAAAACCGGAUAUUAUGACUAUACAGACUCGUUAGCAAUCUUUGAAAUUUAUCAAAACGACAAAAAAAUACAGGAAGAAAAUCAAAAAUUAAUAGAAAAUUUAAAGCGUUUACGGAUUUUUGAUGGUGAUAAUAAUGAAAAUAGAAGAAAUAAAGGAAAAAAUAUAAUGAUGGAUGAUUGAAUUUUGUAUAUAAUACAUUAUUACACAGUAUUUAUUAAAUCGUAUAAUAUUACUAUAUGUAAUAUAUAAUAUUACUAUAUCAUACUGUAAUAAUGUAUUACUAAUCUAUAUUAUUUUAUGUAGGUACUUCAAUCCAAAUGUUUUACACAUAUUUUAAUCUUGUUUAUUCGUUUAUUUUAUGCACCCAUAUACUAAUAAUGCACAAUAAUUGUAUUGUUAUCAAUUAAAUAGUUUUAGAUAAUAUUAUUAUUGUAUUAUCUUAAUUAAUAAAUUAAAUAAAACAAUGCGCCCCUCAUACAUUGAAUCUUAAAGGCAAUGUUAUAGCAUGUACAAUGUUCAUUGUACAUAUUCCAAACUAGGUAAUAACACUUUUCCUAGAACUAGAAAAUAAUAUACACACAGAUUUGUUUAUAAA